GUUGUUUCAGGCGAGCAGUGUGAGAGGCGAUGAAGCUUUUCGAGUCAAAAGAUGAUCGCCUCACUUUCUAGAGGAAGUUUGCUGGAUGAAGUUCUGCAUGGAGGCUUUAACGAGCAACAGCUGGCAGCCUAUGUUUCCUGGGUGAACUCUCAGCUGAAGAGGAAACCAGGGCUGAACCUCAUCACAGACCUCAGGCAUGAUCUGCAGGAUGGGGUGGUGCUCACACAGCUCAUAGAGAUAGUUGCUGAGGAAGUGCUUGAAGGAGUGUACGUGUCUCCACAAAGCAAAGAGGAAAGCAGGAAGAAUGUGGAGCAAGUCUUACAGUUCAUUUCCUCCAGGCACAUACGCAUGCCGCACAUAUCCGCUAGAGAUAUUGUGGAUGGGAAUCUGAAAUCUGUUAUGAGGAUCAUUCUGGCGCUGGCUGCCCACUUCAAACCCUCAGCCAAUCACAGGGCUGCUUCUGCAAAUGGGAGGGGCUUGACACAAGGCUCUUCCAGCCACAACCCUCUCUCCACUGUUGCACUAGCACAAGGUGCAGCUGCUGCACUGGCGUCAGCACGACAUGACGCCUCACAGCCUGCAAGUGCCACACGCAUCCACAGUGGCUGGGGGUUGGAUGCGGACAAGAGUGUGUGUGUUCGUGCACUGGUUGAGCAGUAUGAGAAAGGAUCUCCAGAGGAGCAGGACAGUCUAAAAUUGAGCAGCCUCAGCUCAGUCAGUCCGCUGUCAUCUCCAAGAGCUCCGCCCAGCAUCCACUCAGACAGACAGCAGGAAGAUCGCCAACAACAGGAGAGCAGUGCCGAGUCAUCUCAUGGUAUAGUGGAGACAGCUUGGGAGGACUCUGUCAGUGAAACUUUGGAGAAGGAGGUGCAGGAGACACGUAAAAUGGUUUCUGCUCUACAGGCUCUGCUGCUGCAUGGUUCACUGCCUGAGGAUGAGCAGGAUGUUUCAUUAACUUUGGAACAAGGCAACACUGAACAGCAACUGGUUGUCAUUCGCAGUCGUUUGGACCAGAGUAUGGAGGAGGCUCAGGAGCUGAAGAGGGAACUGUUGCACUGUAAGCAGGAGAUGAGAAACCUGCAGGGAGUCAAGGAGGCCCAGCAGCAGAGGCUCUGUACUCAGGAGGCAUCGAUACUGCAGAUGAAGCAAGAACUUCUCAGAGCCAGCAUGACCAAGGAUGAACUCAACAACCAGAAGGCAGAGCUGCAGUGGAAGCUGGAGGAGUGUACCAGGCUGUGGGGUGAAGGCAAGAAGGAAAUAGGACAGAAGGACAGACUACUGCAGCAACUGAAACACAAGCUUGAGGAAAGCCAAAAACAGCAGAGUGAAUUGCAAAAAGAGGUGGAGCAUAAAAACAACAUGUUGCAUGAGCUAAUGAACCGAGAUCUGCAACAGAUUUCCACUGGCACAGAAAACAAUGGAUAUUCUCACUCAGGAAAUCCAGCUUCCUCUGUGUCAAGUGCAGAGGAGGUUCAGCUCCUCAGAGAUGCACUCAGGAGUUUGAGGAACAACUUCAGAGACCACGACCCACAGCACCAUACACUGGACACCCUGGAGCAGGGCAUUGUGUCACUCAUAGACAGAUUGCAUGUUUUACAUGCACACCGGGGAAGAGGAAGAUCUCCAAGACGCAAAAGUCAGCACACUGAUUCUGACUCGUGGCCAAAGGUUUCUCAACCCCACAGCAGUUCAGCUGCCUCCACUAAAAUCCUUUAUUUCACCGGAAAAUCCCCAACACCUUCCAUGAUCAAUAUACCGAAGAGGCUGGGCGAAGUGACUCUCAAAGAUGUUAAGGCAGCUGUGGCUCGAGAGGGAAACUACAGGUACCACUUCAAGGCCCUGGACCCUGAGUUUGGCACUGUGAAAGAAGAGGUGUUCAUGGAUGGAGCGAUUGUUCCUGGCUGGGAAGGUAAAAUAGUGGCCUGGGUAGAGGAGGAUCGUGGUGAGGAAAGGCCAUUGUAGGUUAGCAGAGGAGUCAGAACCAUUUUUUGUUUUUGCUCCUGAUCCCAGAAGCACAUCAGUACAGUUGUUCAGACCAGAGGAACAAGUGGACACUUACUGAGAUUUGACUUAUUAGAAAUAUACUUGUCAGCAAGAGAUUUGGAUUGAUCAGAUGGUACUAAACCCUCCUGAUAACCCUACUCACCUUGAAAACAGUGAAUCUGUGACUGAUGUUUGUAAUAUCGUAGAACUCAGUGCCUUGCAAAGGAAAGUCAUUUCCAUCAUGUGGUUAUUAGAGCCAGGCUGUAACUGUAGCAUCUAAAUUGGACUCAAAAGUAGCCAGAAGCAUAAUGUUUGAUUAACAGUAGUGAUGUUUCAUAUGUUUGUAUGAGGAACUGGAAAUAAUUACAAAGUCAUUUUCAAGUGUUGGGUAUAGUUUUUCAUUCCUGUGCAGCAAUAUUGUCUUAAAAACCAAUACCACCAUUUAAAAUGUUAGAGAUAUGUAUUGUCCAUUGUUCUUGAUUGUGAAUGUAAAGUGAAUAUACAGUAUUGUCUAUAGUAGCAGUGAACAGGAAAAUAAUUUUGCUGGGUUAGAAAAAUACCAUUUCUAUAAUUGUAUAAUACAAAUAAUACAAGGACAGAAAAUAAUAGAGCAACAUUAUAAAACAUUAACUUUGAUUAGUGGUGCACAAAGUUUCUCCCAUUCUGUCCAACAGCUGACAAAAUACACAGAUUAGAUACCAGCUACUAUUCAUUAUGUUUUAUAUUAGUUACAUUUGAUAGCAGAAAGACGGAGGAUGAUGGUCAUGUGGAGAUGUCCAAACAGAAAGGUCCAUUGCAAAAAAAAACCUGAAUGUAUUUUAGACAAAAAGGACCCAGAUUUAAUUUGCUGAUGCUUGGAUGUUCACGUUCAUGUAGAAAUGAAAAAAAAGCACUGUUAUUUUGUUUACUUUAUGAAAUUGUUUUGUACAUUUGUGUAAAGUGUUUUCAUCGUAUCCUUAAAUAUUUGAAGUUUAUGAGUUUUUUUGUUUGUUUAAAGAGAGGUUCUUAUACAAUUAGAGCGCUUCUGCUCGUGUUUUAAAGAUGAUGUGGAUGUGAAUUUGACUUGAGAUUUAAAGGAUGUCAGACUUUUGAGCUUUAGUAAUGGACCAUCCCAGUAUUUAUAGUUUGUGUGUGUAUGUGUGUAUGUGGACUCAGGAUGGACCUUUGACACCUAAAUAUCAGAAAAACUGUAAAGCAAAAAGUGAUGAUGUGAUGCAGUAAAAUCUGUACAGGAACACAGUCUGUACUGAAAACACACUCUGGUAGAGACUGAAACUGACUAUCAUACACUUUUUCCUUCACUGUGCUUCAAUCUUCCCAUUGGGAUCAAUGUGUUUGCCUUCUCUAACAAGCCAAUAGAAAUAUGCAUCAGUCUUAUUUUUAACUAAGACCUGUGUGAAUGCCAUAACUGCCUGAACUGUAAAAUGUACAAUGUACUGGUGAGAUGGUUAUUUUCCUUUAGAAUAUGUUUGCCGAUUUUUAUUUUUUUUACAAACUAUGUUUAAAAAAAUAAAAAUAAAGAAUGGCUUUUGUUGAUUGCUCAAAAAGACUGAAAUUGUGAAAUAAAAACUGAG